GCCUUAUAAAUAUUUGGAUUUUUUUUUGUGCAAGAGUUAUAUUUUACAUUUUAAAAGGAUAAAGCACAGUUCUAAUAGUAAUAUCAUAUCCUAAGUACUCAAAAUGUAAUGCUUUAGUUGUGUAAUGUGGAAGCAUAACGUGAAAAUAAGUGAAUUAAGCUAUAAUUUAUAAAACAUGAAAGGUGGAGCAAAAAAGCAAGAAGAAGACAAAUAUUUGAUGUUCAUCUUAUAAAUUAAUAAUCUUAAAUCAUUCUGUUUAUUAACUUUUUGAGUGGAAGAAUCAAUCAACGUUACUACAUUUUAAUCGCUUUGUUGACGAAAGCGUAUUGUGAAUAAUAACAUAUAAAAUAAAUUAAGAAAUCAUUUAAUCAAUGGUUUGAUUAAAAUUACAAAACAUGAUGCAUAAAAUAUCUGAAUUUGCAAACAAUUGAAAACAACAACAAUAAUGACAAGCAAUGAGAAUGAUCAGCAACAACAAAGUCACUUUCUUAAUAGUGACGAACUGCCAACUAGCUCAAAUGAAGUAUUGAAGAAAAGAUCACAUUUGCUCAAUUUAAUGAAACCUUCUUUGUCACUUACAUCACUUCCACCACAAUCUCCUAAAGAACAUGCAAAUGAAACAUCUUCCACCACAGAACGACCCUAUAAUAGUUUGAAGAAAAAAAGAGACAUUGAACAAAAGGAAUUAUGGCGCAGAUCGUGGGAAUCGCAAAAUUCUGUAAGCACAACAACAACGAGUACUGGAAAAAACGAUUUUUGGGCCGCCUACAAUUAUAUAAUGGAUAAUUCCAUAAUUGAUUCCUGUCGAGAGGCAAGCGGAGAAGCAAAAUCAUUCAAUGACACAAGCGGCGAAACAAAAAUCUUACCAAAUCUUCUCAGUAAAAUUUCUCCAUUUAAUAUGACACAAGGAUCGCAAGGAUCUCAAGCGUUAGAUCCAAAACGACUCCGUCGAUGGUUACGCGAAAUGGAAAGUCGUGUUUCAAAACUGCCUUCUUUAAAAGAAGCCAUGAAGUUGAAUGCAGAUGACUUAAAAAAGUUCUCCGUUGAAAGUGCUGAGCUGUAUCGCGAGAUAAAUUCUAAUGGUCGCUUUGUUGGUGCAUGUAUAAGGUCACUCGAGAAACAAAAUUCGAGCAAAGUUGAAGAAAUACAAAUAAAAUCGCUUGACUAUACAGAACACGAUAGUUUAGAUACAAUAACUACGUCAACCACCAAUACAUCAAGUGAGAGCAAACGGAGCGAGAAUGUUCUAAAAGCAUUAGAGCGCCGUUACCAUUUGCUUUAUUUGCAUGCUUUUGAGACUCAGUGUAUGUUUGAAGGUUUAUUAGACAAACGAAACUUUUUCAAUUCUACAACAAAUAUUGAUAAUUUUGACUCAACGGAUGAUGAAUUUGAACCAAUAGCAAAAAUUCCAAAAAUUGAUGAGAGCACAAAUUUUUGUUCAUCUAAACCUAAUAAUAAUGAGGAUGAUACAAAGAAUAUACCUUCUGAUAUAGAUGCCGACUCAGAGGACUCUCCGGAUGAAAUGGAAUGUAUUGCAUUGAAAAGCUCAGAUUGCGUUGAUAGUAAAACAGUGCCUAUAAUAAGCCCUAAAGGAGCAAAUACUUACAUUGAAGAAAGUGAUAAAUCUUUUAAUACUCCAAAAGUUGCCGUUGUUAGGAGGUCAAAAGAUAUUUCAAAAUUCAAUCGCUCUAAUAGAAAAUCAAAAAAUUGUGCCAUUUUUUAUUACAAACAUGUCGAUACUGAUAAUGAUCAGGUGACGAAUAAUGAAAACGAACAGAACUUGCCAAGUGAAACAACAUCGGAGGAAGAAAUUUGGGAGUAUGCUAAUGUCAAUCAAUCAUCACAAGUGAUGGAAAAUCAAGAAGAAACAAUGAUUGGGUCAACUCAAAAGGAAUUUAAGAAUCAUUGUAAUGAUGAUGAAGAUGAUGAUGCAGAUUUAAAAACUAACUCUGUGCAGCAACAAAACAUUGUUUCAAAUACACAACAGUUGAUAACAAAAGAAGCUUUGCGUGAGUUAGUUUUGGAAGCUGAAUCAAUAGUUCUUCAAAAAAUGAAUGAAAAGACCACCAAAAAAGAAUACUUUUUGAACGAAGUUCUAGCCAAAUCCAAUGUUCGUAAGAAUUUACACAAAAAAGUGAUGGAAAAGAAUCAAAAAGACACUGCCAAGAUAAAUCGUGUUCAGGAAUGGCUAAAACACAAUCAUAAUUCCGUUGAAAUUAAAAAUGGUCAACCGAUAACUCUUCAAUUAACAGAUUGUGAAGCAUCAUUUGAAUAUACCAGCUGUUCAGAUUCAUCAGAGGAAAUCACCAAUUCGAUAGCAACAUGUUUGCAAGGAAUCGAUCAACUACAGACAUCGACCGAAGGUCUCGAGAAUUUCUCACCUGUACACAAAGUGAAAAUGCGAGGAAAAACAUCAGAUAAUCGUCGACAUUCAGAGAGACCUUGGUCGGUUUCUUGUAUUUCUCAACUUACGAGAAAUACUCGCCAGAGCUUUUCUGAUGCUAAGUUGGCUGAAACAACAAAUGUGCUUGCAAACUUUUCAAUUAGUGAAUCAGCACUUAACAAAUUACAAAAAGAUCGAACAACCUCUGAAUCCGAUUCAAAGAACUGUAAUAACAGAAACGCAGUUAAUAGUGUUGGAAGUAAAAAUUCGCUAAAGAAACGUAAAACAAAAUUACGCAAAAAGUCUUUGUCCUCUAACAAAAAAAGUGAUUCUGGCUCUGAAAUACAUGCCAAUAUUAUGAAAACUAUGAGUAAGUCAGAUACUUUCAAUAUGACAUUAAUGGAAGAUUUAUCAACAGCAAUAUCUAUGAUGUCAUUUGUAAAAGAUAAAAAUUCGAACAAUCCUGAGCAGGUAAUUCAAAAGGCAGCUACUGAAUCUGAAGAUGAGCAAGUGAUCAAAACUCCUGAUUUCAAAAUCGGAUCAAUUACAAGUGUUUAUGGCAAUCCCUAUUCUAUGAAUUUAGGUUCAUUGGCAGCAUUAGCAAAUUAUAAUAGUGAAAAUUGCGAAACUACGGAAAUUCCCACAGAAAAUUUAAGCAGCAUUUCUGAACAUAAUAUGUGGGAUAACUAUAUGGAAAAGUAUAACUCUGAAGCAUAUAGCGAAGAUCGUGAUAUUGAUGGCGCAAGAAAGUUGUUGGAUUUUGGUGAUGAUUAUCGUAAUUUUAUAGAUUCGCAAUCCGAUUGUUGCUCCUCGCUAUCAUGUGCAAAUCAAAUUGACUCUUUAUCGCCUCCACGACAUAGAAGAAAUAUUUCCAAAAAUAAUUCACUUCCGUCGAGUAAUGACAAUUCAAUGAAAGCUUUACGACAACAACGAAUUCAAGAGCUUCCAGAAACCGAACGUCAUAAAGAUCGAAGCGUUAAUAGUUUUAUGGAAAAAAUGAGACAAAAGUCAAACGAAUUUGAAUUUACAACUUCGUCAAAGUGCAAAUCAAGUCAACAGUCGUUACUUUCAUCAACAAAGCCCGUCAAUAUCUCAUCAUCGGAUGAGGAGGAAACAAAAGAGAAUAAUACAAUAGCAGAAUGUGAGAAAAUGUUGGAACAAACUCAGUCUUUACAAAAUGCAAAUUCGCAGCUUUUAAGACCUGAAGAUUAUGACGAGAUCAUCAAAACGUGUUUGAUCAACAUUCAACGUUUGGAAAAUAUUCCACAAUGCGAUAAUUUGAAUCAAAUGAAGGUUAACGCACUAAUUGCUAGUUGGAACCGUCUGCUAAAUUGGAGCGAAAAUGCUGCAGGAAUACGCCGCUUGCAACAGGAAAUAGCCGAGCAAAAGCAGUUGUUGAAUUCAAUGGAAAUCACUGACGAAUGGGUGCUUAAUUCGGAGGAAGCCAUUCGUGAUAAAAUUCAAGAGUUGAACAGUACACUCGGCGAGCUCUAUAAGCAUCGAUCAAAUAUGCUGAAACUUAAUGCUUCUGUUCAUAGCUACAUUAGUAAAGAGACGAAUAAGCAAAACAUUCUACGUUCGGACGAUCAUUUAGAUAACACACAAUCCUCACAAUAUGAUGUUGAUGUAUUAACGGAUGAAGAGCUGCAUAAACAGUUAAAAGACGAGAUUGUUUCCCUUUAUGCAAAGUGGGAUUCAAUCAACUUAAUUAUUACCUCAAAGCUAGAAAACUUAAAGCACUCAUUAGUUUGUUGGAAACAGAUAGAAAAUGGCUUGGAGGAAUUAAAGCAAAACUUAUCAAAAGACCGAGGUGCCUUAAAUGGAUUGAAAGGAGCUAUAGAAGAGGGGUCUUCAAGUCCCGAAGAAUUGGUUGAUAAUGUUCAACAAAUCUCGAAAUUAUUAAGUGAAAAGUUAGAGAAUCGUAUUCAAACUAUCUCAACAAAUGAAGACUUUAUGCUGCAUCCUGAAGCAGCACUUAAAUUUAUAGCAAAUUCAUCGUCAAAUCCAUCAUAUCAAUCAGACAGUGGAAUAUCGGAUGGAGGAUUUUCAGAACUUUCUGAAAGAGAACGACGUUUAAUUGCAUUAAAAAAGAUAGCAAAGCAAUUGGAAUCUGCAUUAUCGCCAAGUAGUGAGGUUUUAAAGACAAUAACUCAACGAAUGGAAGCUGCAGAAAAUGAACUAAAAGUAUUACAAAAUACAUGUCGUGAACUGAUUUUACGAACGUCCACCGAAUUAUUAAAGCAGCAAGGUGUGGAUGUGUCAUCGCAUACACAAUCUCAGAUCAAUGUUCAAAUUCCAAUCAUAACAAUUAAGCCAGCAACAAAAUCUAAACGCUCAACGUCACGUCGAAAUAAGGAACGAAAUAGAUCUUUGUAUUCUGAAAGAAGAUCUGAUAAAAAAGCUGAACCAAAACUAUCAUCAAAUGACACAACAAGUGAAUCAGAUCCUGAUGAGCCAAAAACCACACAGUGGAGAAUCUUGAAACGAGUUGCAAAACUUGCAAUGCCUUUUCAACUAACAGUUGUUACUCUUUUCUGUAUAGCAUGGUUUUUGGAACCGAGAUGUUGUGAUACAUUAAACAAUCUAUCAAUGAGUUUGACACCUCAGCUACGAUACAUUAAUGGCCCACCUCCAACAUAAAAUUCAAAAUUGAUUUUUAAAAUUAGCGCAAUAAUGAAAUUAACGUACCUAACAUAAGUUUUGAAGGUUUUUGAAACAAAAAACUAAAUAUUAGCGGGUAAAUGAAAAUUCUGCCUUAUUACUUUUGAUACAUAUACAUCAUUUUAAGGUACUUAUCGUCAUGUCUUCAAUUAUUACACAUUAUUUUCUUGAAAUAUCUUCUAGUCUAUAAUUACAUGUAUGAAAUUAAGCAAUUAAUUUUAUUAACCAAGGGGCGGUUCACUUAUGACGUCCAGGGGGGGGGGGGGGGGGGGUCAGCAACAAAAGAACAAUAGAAAUUCCUAGAAAUCCAUUGUUCUUUUUUGAAAAAUGACCAUUAAUAUCGGACGUCAUAAGCGAACGACCCCUAAUUGGAGUUAAUUAUUUUUCAAUUCGAUUAAUUGUUUUAAAAAAAUCAAAAUGUAAGUCGUUAAAUGUUUGCAAGAAAUAAUUGUAAUUAUUUUCCUUUUACUUUAAAGCCAAGGGCUAAAGAGAUUUUAAUAAACAAAAAAAAACCUAGUUUUAAGAAUCAUAAAUUUUAUAUGGAAACCUUGUUUACCUUUUUACUAUUUUUGCCAAUCAUCAAAAACAAUAUUUUUUAUAGAUAUUUUUAAGAAAAAGCAAAAAAGUUGUAAAACCAAAAAUGAAAAAAAGAAUAAAAUAUUAAGAGUCUAAGAGAAAAACCA